GGUCGGACGCACACACACACAGCUGAUCAAACGCGUGCGUUCGCCCCCCACACCGGCGCCAUCCAUCAGGGAAGCUGCGUGCGCGCGCGGACAGCGCGACGCGCCCUUGGCUCCGUGUCCGGAAAGGCGUUGCCUUGCCCCCAGGGCGGGGCCUGGCCCGCUCCUCGGCCCCGUAGCCCCGAGCCCCCCUCGUCGGAGACGGGUCGCGGUCGCCGCCGACGGCCGCCGCGCCGUCGUCGUCGAGAGAGAGCAAGCAGCAGCUGCGCGUGUCGUGCGUGUCGUGCCGUGCUGCGCUCACCCCGUGCGUGUGGGGCGCGCGCGCGCGCGCGCGUGCCGGCGUCGUCGCCGUCGCCGUGCCGCCGCCGAGCAGCAGCGCGUGGCGCGAUGCUGAUGCCCCUGAAGCGCGAGUCGCCGCCGCCUCCGCUGCCGACGCUCAGCGAACGCCGGCGUUCCAGCGCGGCCGCGCGUCGCCGGGCGUCCUUCGUGGACGCGCCGCCGUCGGACCAGCCCGAGGACUUCGCAUCGCCCGGACCCCGGCCGCAGGAUUACCGCGCCGGCGGUGGCAGCGCCAAGCAGACGGAGAGGCGCAUUCGGGCUAACAAUCCCGAAUACAACAGCCAGUUUAAUUAUGCUAACAACUACAUCAAGACAUCCAAGUACUCCCUCCUGACGUUCCUGCCACGAAACCUGUUUGAGCAGUUUCAGCGGCUCGCCAACUUCUACUUCCUAUGUCUCCUUGUCUUGCAAAUGAUCCCGCAGAUCUCCUCCCUAACUCCAUGGACCACCGCCGUGCCUUUAGUUGUGGUGCUGUCCCUGACAGCUCUAAAAGAUGCCAUCGACGAUAUUCAACGCCAUCAGAGUGACAACCAGGUCAACAACAGACUGUCCAAGGUGCUUCGCAAUGGCCAGCUCAUGGAGGAACGUUGGCACAAAGUCCAAGUGGGCGACAUCAUCUUUAUGGAGAACGACCACUUUGUGGCUGCCGACUUACUGCUGCUGUCUACUAGUGAGCCAAAUGGCCUAUGUUACAUCGAAACGGCAGAACUUGAUGGGUAA